AUGUACUGGGGAAAUCAUGUUAGAAUUCUUUUCACUGUGUCUCUGGUCUGGCAGGCUGUUCAUCUAGGAAAAGGCCGUGAAAAAGAAGAACUUGAAGAAGAUGUGAAAAGUCUCAAUACCACAGCACAAAAGCAGCAGCCCAAGAACGAAAGGACUACUAUAAAUGCUCUCAGUGACAUGAAUCAGAGUUACGAAAGUAGAAAGCAACAGAUUUCAAGGGCAGUGGUACCUUUUACUGGGAUUACACAGAGUAAAAAACUGAACAGACACUGCUGCCAAAACGGAGGGACCUGUAUCCUAGGGGCUUUCUGUGCCUGCUUAAAGCAUUUCACUGGCAGAUAUUGUGAACACGAUGAGCGCAACUGCGGCAGCGUUGCCCAUGGCGCCUGGGUGCUGAAGGGCUGUUGGCUGUGUCGGUGCGGCUAUGGUACUCUGAACUGCCUCUCAGAAAUAAUGCAUGAUAACUGUGAACUGAAAUCAGAAAAUGAAGAAAUUACCAGCUUAUUUUCUAAUGGGCUAAGACUACAGCAAACAGUGUUUGCACUUGCUUGCCUGCUCACCAUCCUCCUGGAACUCUGCUGCUGGCAGUUGUGA